AUGGAGGAGGCACCCGGCAACGAACAGCAGGCUCAGCCCAGCGCCGGCUCUGCCUCCUCCGCGGGGGCAUCUGCCACAUCUGCCCCUGCGCCUGCACCGUUGGCCAGUGCCGCUCCCACGCCAUCUGCAUCUGGCAGCUCUGGCGCCGGGCAGUUAUCCAAGAGAAGGAGGGGUUUGGGCGUCGUCACUCCCAACGCUUGCACCGAGUGUCGCAAGAAGCGCGCAAAGUGCGAUGGCCAGAAGCCAUGCGGCCGUUGCAAGGCCCAGAAGGACGUAGAGUGCGUUUACGAGGUACCAGUUCGUCAAUCAAAGGAGCACCUUCGAAGCGAAAUCGAGCAACUACGCUACCGUCAGCGAUCCAGCGACCAGGUAAUCGCUGCCUUGGUGCGCUCCGAUAUGUGGGAGGAUGUGUUGCAACGGUUGCGAAGCGGCCAAUCCCUAGAAUCGGUCUCGGAAUGGCUAGGUGGCACGCUUCCCUCGGGCGGCGGGUCUAGAACAUCUCUCAACCGCCCUCCCGAGCAAGCUGGCGAUGCAAACAUGGGCUCAGGUGCCCGCCCAGGAUUCCCAGGAUCGACACCAGCGCCAAUCAGAACGAGAAACCUCGGAGGGCCUGGGUCUGUGACCAUGAGUCCUAUCACGGGGCAAUCUAACUUGCGUCAAGACAUUGAUUCCAACAGCCCGUGGCACCUUUCAUCGCACAGCCAAAGCACCAGGAGCAAUUCGCAUCCCGAUGUGAUGAAUUGGAGUACUGAUACCAAUAAGCCGCCCCAAGGUCUGUUCGACACAUGGGGAGAGUCAACAAGUAACACGGAGACUUCAGAAGGCGGUUCCAAGUACCAGGGCCUCGACCAGGUCCUCGCACCGCUUGAGCCGCCCUACAUGAAACUCCCUCCCGAAGACUGGACAAACAUCACCGAUGACGGCUCUCUUGUGCAGCACCUCCUUGCCUUAUAUUUCUGCUGGGAGUAUCCGACGUUUGCAUCACUGAGCAAGGAACACUUUCUUCGGGAUUUUCAGAACGGUGUUCACCGUUAUUGCUCACCUAUACUUGUUAAUGCUCUCUUAGCUUUGGGCUGCCGCUUUUCCAGCAAAUCCAGUACGAGAGCGAACCCCAGCGACCCGUACACCUCGGGAGACCAUUUUUUCAAAGAAGCCCAGCGCCUGUUUUACCUCGAAGAAAACCACCAUAAUCUGACAACCAUCCAAGCUUUGGGGAUCAUGUCGAUAAGAGAAGCAAGCUGCGGUCGAGAUUCCGAGAGUUGGUACUAUGCAGGGCAGAGCAUUCGUUUGGCUAUCGAGAUGGGCCUCCACCAGUUAGAAGAGGAUGGCGACGAUGACGAGUUUGCAGUGCAGGCUGCCACUUUCUGGGGUGCCUUUGCACUUGAUCAUGCGUGGUCUUUGGCAACUGGCUCACUCCCCCAGUGCUCCUGUUUCCCUCACCUGCCGCCAAAGCCCGCUAUCAUCGAUGACAUUGAGGCGUCUUUGUGGAUCCCGUACACGGACGACGGCGCCCCGUUACAGCGUUCAGCUGAACAGCCGUCCAACGUCCGGUCUGUGUAUAAGUGCUUCUGUGAACUGAGUGAGCUUGUGCACCAAAGUCUCUACGUCCUCCACUCUCCAGGAAGACCGUUGACCAGCCGUGAUUUACUUGGCAUAUACACCCAAUAUCUCAACUGGUAUGACAGAAUACCAGAGGUACUGAGACUAGGGCACAACUUUACACCCGCUGUGCUCUUUGCCCACAUGUACUAUCACUUUGCCAUCCUCCUUCUCUUCCGGCCGCUCAUCAAGCUGAGAAUUAUUGGUUCCAAGCUGCUGCCCCGGGAUGUGUGUGGACAGGCGGCAGAUGCCAUCCAAGGACUCCUGCGGUCAUACUCUCAGCUCUACACGCUCCGCCGGACGCCGUCGUUUGUCCCGUAUUUCGUCCUUACAUCAUCCAUCAUGCAUCUAGCCAUUGGUGCGGCCUGUGCGCCGCCGCAAAAGGGGUUCGAUGCAACAGCGCCAGCCAGCGUCGACCCUGCGGCUCAACCACCAUAUCCACCUCGUGUCGUGGAGGCGAUCAAGCAAGGCAUCCGGGACCUGGAGGAGAUGGCACCGUGCCAUCAUUUUGCAGAACAGGCACUCAAUAUUCUUCGAUAUCUAGCCAAAAAGUGGAACUUGGACGUCGAUAUGGGCGAAAGGCUCCCAUCAGAUGCCGAAUACGCGCACCUGGUCAGGCCAUAUACAAGCAGUCUCAAUUUUUUCGCUCCAAAUGUCAUCGAGGACGACUUCAUCUGCACUUGGGGCGGCAGCACCGACGAGGCCGAGACGCCGAACCCGGCAACGACAAUGGGCACCAAGGGAAUUGAACCCGGAAAGCCAUCAGUCUCGCGGGCAGCCAAGGUCCUGGAGAACCCUCUGUUCUGGCCGUUCCCAAUGCAGGGGCGUCCGAUGCUCCCUACAGGACGCGAGCUUAAGGAUGCUGGAUUUGAGAGGAUCUAG